AUGUCAGUCUUUACUUCUGUUGCUAAGCGGGCUGGCAACCGAAUAUUCACUGCGACGCGGCAUUCGAGCAUUGCUACUUCUUCACUCACAUCCUCAGUAACCACCUUACCGAGCACCGGGGCGAACGCAAAGUUGUUGUCUACCUCACCCAUCCUUCGACGCAGCGUCUCGAGCAGCAGCCAGCGGAGCACCUACGUGGACGAACAUGACCCAGAUAGCCGCUACGCAAUUAACACAGAACGGAACGAAUAUUCGAAAUCCGGGACUGAUAACGCAGUCGCAGCCCAAGAUUCGGCCUGGAAUAUAAAAAAUCAGACGCCGGAGAGUGCCAAGGAGGAAUCUGAGAGAGAAUCGGCCAUGAAUGGAAGAGGCAAGGCAAGCCCGCUUGAUGUUAGUCCUGCAAACCAAGAAGUUUCGAGAUUUACGGACGAGUCCGGGCGCGGCGAGUCGGUUGUGCACGGUCCGAGCAAGAGGGUGUCGCCGAGAAAGGGAAAGAAAGUGGACUACGGUGGAGGAGCUUCUGCAGAGGCUGGAAGUGGCCAUGACUCUACAAAGAUGUAA